CGACGCUCCCAAACCACCUGUCCCUCCCUCCCUCCCUGCGACUGUGGACAUAAGACCAUCUUCUUCCUCUUUUUUGUUUUAACCCCCGGCGGUAAAGAGAAUUUAAAAAAAAAAAAAAAAAAUGGCGAGCAGUUUCACAAGAAUCCUGUCCUCCAAACGAAACAUCGGGAUCCUGUCGCUGGUGGGGGGCUCCGUGACUGCAGGCUUUCUGCUCAACCGGGAACAUGUCAGCGCCGGGGUGCCUGUACGGAGGAGGUACCCCGCCAGUGCAGAGUACCCUGACCUGCGCAAACACAACAACUGCAUGGCUAGUCACCUGACACCUGCGAUCUAUGCCAAGCUGUGUGAUAAGGCCACUCCCAACGGUUACACGCUGGACGAGGCCAUCCAGACGGGCGUGGACAACCCCGGGCACCCCUUCAUCAAGACUGUUGGCAUGGUGGCAGGAGACGAGGAGUCCUAUGAGGUAUUUGCAGAUCUGCUCGAUCCCGUCAUCAAAGAGAGGCACAAUGGCUACGACCCCCGCACCAUGAAGCACCCCACCGACCUUGAUUCCAGCAAGAUCCAGUCGGGCCAGUUUGAUGAGCGUUACGUGCUGUCGUCCAGGGUGAGGACGGGCCGAAGCAUCCGCGGACUGAGCCUGCCCCCAGCGUGCACCCGGGCAGAGCGCAGGGAGGUCGAGAGGGUGGUGGUAGACGCCCUCGCUGGCCUUAAGAAUGACCUGGAAGGGAGGUACUACAGUCUCACCCAAAUGACAGACAAGGAGCAGCAACAGCUCAUUGAUGACCACUUCUUAUUCGACAAGCCCGUGUCCCCCCUGCUGACGUGCGCAGGCAUGGCUCGUGACUGGCCGGACGCUCGUGGCAUUUGGCACAACAACGAGAAGACAUUCCUGAUCUGGAUCAAUGAGGAAGAUCACACCAGAGUCAUCUCCAUGGAAAAGGGAGGCAACAUGAAGAGAGUCUUUGAGAGGUUCUGCAGAGGCCUCAAGGAGGUGGAGCGUCUGAUCCAGGAGAGAGGAUGGGAGUUUAUGUGGAACGAGAGGCUCGGUUACAUCCUCACCUGCCCCUCCAACCUGGGCACAGGGCUCAGGGCCGGAGUCCACGUCAAACUUCCCCUGCUGGGCAAGGACGCCCGCUUCAAUAAAAUCCUGGACAACCUGCGUCUGCAGAAGAGGGGCACAGGUGGCGUGGACACGGCUGCUGUCGGCGGCGUGUUCGACAUCUCCAACCUGGACCGCCUGGGACACUCUGAGGUCCAGCUGGUGCAGACAGUGGUUGAUGGCGUCAACUACCUGAUUGAGUGUGAGAAGAGGCUGGAGAGAGGCCAGGACAUCAAGGUGCCCCCGCCCAUCAAGCAGUUCAAGUAGACACUGAUCCCUCAUCUCCUCCCACAAACCUCUGGGCACACACACAUGCACAAUCUCCGUGCCCAUAGAUAUUACAAAUAUAUCUAUGUCAUUGCCUCACCUAUUACUACUAAUAAUCUAAUCACCCCUCCCCGCCCCACAAUAUACCUCACUGUUGUAUAAUCUACAUAAUAUUACAUGUCGCAAUCUGGCCUGAGAUUUGCAUUGGGUUUGAAGUUUGAAGUGUUAAGCCUGAUGCAGUAAAUUCAAACAAUGCUUUAAACUCAAAUUGAACCUUUUGCUCAAAAACGCUGGCAUAGAUCGAUAAGGAAGUACAAAUUGUGGGGCUGUUGUAAUUGGGUACGGAUAUCUGCCUGCGCAUGGCCCAACACUAUCUAUGGCUCUGCUCACACGCGCGCACCACUCCUCAGCCCACCAAUCCUCACUUCACCCUGCUUCAGUCCCUUCCUGACGCAUGUCCUGUACUCAGCCCGCCUCCUCCCCUCACUCCCGUGUCUCCACUGGUCAUGCCUAUUAUCUGGUGCUGGUGUACUCCAUCCAUUUACUCUCCAUUGUGGAUUGUGUGUACAUAGUUUCUUUUCACCAUUUCAAGUGGAUUUGAAUGUAGAUUAUGAGACUGAAGUGUUCUCUGUAUGUUCCUGGCGCUCUGGUGUCAGAUUAUGAUAUUACGACAUACACUGGCCAGGCUGGGCUCUGUAUUGUAAGCUACUGAAGCAAUAUCAUUCAAGCUCAUCAAUGAAUGUCACUCCGUACUGUCUUUUAAUAAAGAAUCAUCUAUUUAACAGUA